CGGCAGCGGGAUGACGUCAUGAGGUGAGGGACUGAGAUCGGCAAUAUGGCGGAAGGAAAGUCAGACCCGUUUGCUGACACUUGUACGUUUUGUUCGAUCGCCAACAACCAAGACGAAGAGACGGAAGUUAUUUUAAAGGACAAGGAGAUGGUGUGUUUCAGGGACAUUGAUCCUGCUGCUCCUCACCACUACCUGGUUAUUCCCAGGCGGCACAUAGUCAGCUGCUUAUCACUGGACAGAGGACACAGACGGCUCAUUGAGAGGAUGGCUGAAAUGGGGAGAGCUGUACUACGCGAACAAGGGAUCAUUGAUAUGAAGGACGUAAGGCUGGGGUUCCACCAACCUCCCUACAUCUCAGUAAAUCACCUCCACCUCCACGUGCUCGCCCCCGCCAGCCAAAUCUCAGAGUACAUGAUUUAUAAGUUCAUUCCAGGGACAAGCAGUUUUAUUACAGAAGAAUAUCUGCGGGAGCAUCUAAAGAAAAAUGGUCCACUGCUGCAGAGCAUUAAAAAGCACCUCACAUACUGUACAUAUUAAAAGCAAACAAAGAAACUGAGAAAUAAUUAUACUCUAUUUGAUUUGUGAUAUAAGAGGACAGUUGACUGUUUAACAUCACAAUGCAAUGUGUGAUCAGUUUUUGAGAUAUACUUGGAUUUUAUAAUGAAAUUAUUUUUAUUUUGAAAAUACUUUUUUACUAGCUGCCUCCAUAUUUUUUAAUUAAUGAGAUUUUAAAGCGCUAGCUUUAAAAUUUUUGUUGCGUUUGGAAGUUGACAGGUUUUAUCUGUUUGGAGCACCAUGACGUCACCCCUUGGUAUAGUCAUCUUGGAAGGCACUAGCUGUCAAUCACACUGUAUCCUUACUCCAAUGCAUAUAAUUUUUUAAUUAAUAUGCUGCAUUAAAGUGAAACUACAGAUUGAAA